AUGAUUACGACAAUUUUCAUGCAUGCUGAUGGAGUCGAUAUCUUGUUGAUGACUCUAGGUUUUCUUGGGGCGGUUGGCGAUGGAGCUUCCUUUCCGGUCAUGCUAAUAGCCAUCGCCAAGCUCAUGAACAUUAUUGGUGGUUUGAAUACUUCAAAUGUCCUUAACUUUAGGCACAACAUUAACGAGAAUGUUAUGUUAUUGAUUUACGUUGCUUGUGCAAAAUGGAUCGCGUGUUUCUUAGAGGGUUUUUGUUGGACAAGAACAGCAGAGAGACAAGCUUCAAGGCUAAGGAUAAGAUACUUGAAAGCAGUUUUAAGACAAGAUGUGGGCUACUUUGAUUUACAUGUUGCAAGCACAGCUAAUGUCAUAGCCAGUGUUUCUGGUGACAGUUUAGUCAUUCAAGAUUGCAUUAGUGAAAAGGUACCACUUUUCUUGAGGGACGUAUCAACUUUUAUUGGUGCAUACGUGGUAGGAUUCUUGAUGAUUUGGAGGCUGGCAUUAAUAGCAUUUCCAAUGGUAUUUUUGUUGAUGAUACCAAGUAUGAUUUAUGGAAGGGCUCUUAUGAGAAUAUCAAGAAAAAUGAGGGAUGAAUAUAGUAAAGCUGGAAGUAUUGUGGAACAAGUGAUUUCUUCAAUUAGAACAGUGUAUUCCUUUGUUGGAGAAAGAAAAAGUAUAGAAGAUUAUUGUGUUGCACUUGAUGGAUGUGUUGAAUUGGGAGUAAAGCAAGGUUUAGCUAAAGGAUUGUUCAUUGGAAGUAAUGGUUUUGGCUUUGCAAUUAGAGCUCUCAUGUCUUAUUAUGGUAGUAGAUUAGUUAUGUACAAUGGAGCUCAUGGUGGCAAUGUCUUUAUGGUCACCCUUGCAAUUUCCUUGGGUGGAAUAUCAUUGAGUUCUGGUUUGUCAAACAUAAAAGAUUUUGCAGAAGCAAAAGUAGCUAAUGAACGCGUAAUGGAAAUAAUAAAGAGGGUACCCAAGAUUGAUUCGGAAAACAUGGAAGGCCAAACAUUGGACAAAAUGACAGGGGAAAUCGAAUUCAAACACAUUGAAUUCGCGUAUCCAUCAAGGCCCGAAAGCAUAGUUCUAAAAGAUUUUAAUCUAAAAAUCCCGAGAGGGAAAACAGUGGCAUUAGUGGGAGGAAGUGGAUCGGGCAAGUCUACGGUAAUAGCACUGCUUCAGAGAUUUUAUGAUCCGCUGGCUGGAGAGAUUCUUCUCGAUGGAGUCGUCAUUAAUAGGCUGCAGCCCAAGUGGCUGAGGUCUCAGAUGGGUCUGGUGAGCCAAGAGCCUGCACUUUUUGCAACCACAAUUAAAGAAAAUAUACUCUUUGGCAAAGAGGAUGCAUCUAUGGAACAAGUUAUUGAGGCUGCAAAAGCUUCUAAUGCUCAUAACUUCAUAUGUCAAUUGCCUCAGGGAUAUUACACCAAGGUGGGGGAGAGAGGUAUACAAAUGUCUGGGGGGCAGAAACAGAGAAUAGCCAUAGCAAGAGCUAUUAUCAAGUCACCAAGAAUACUCCUCCUAGAUGAGGCAACCAGUGCACUUGACACUGCAUCAGAAAUAGUGGUGCAAGAAGCUCUAGACAAUGCCUCCAUUGGCCGUACCACAAUCAUCGUAGCACACCGCCUUUCCACUAUCCGUAACGCUGACCUUAUCGCCUUGGUUCAAAAUGGUCAGGUCAAGGAAAUUGGCUCACACAAUGAGCUAAUUAAAAAUCAAGAAAACAGACUAUACGCUUCCUUAGUCCGUCUACAACAAACUGAAAAACCUGCUGGAGCGACUAUUGUUUCUGCACAACAAUCUGCAAAUCGUGAUGAUUCAAAACAUACAAGUAUCCCUUGCUUCUCGAUUGAAGCAAAAUCGACCGUGAAAAAUGCUGCAGUUCCGAGUACUUCAGGGGAAGGAUCAUUUAAAAGGCUUUUGGCUAUGAAUUUGCCAGAAUGGAAGCAAGCAACUUUAGGAUGUAUUGGAGCAAUCUUAGUUGGUGGAGUUCAACCAGUAUAUUCUUUUGUAAUGGGGGCAAUGAUAUCAGUGUAUUUCUCGCCUAGUCAUGACGAGAUUAAGAAAAAGACCAAGAUAUAUACUUUGGCUUUCCUGGGGAUGACAUUUAUUACCCUUGUUCUCAAUGUACUUCAGCAUUAUAACUUCGCGGUCAUGGGAGAGCGAUUGAACAAAAGGGUCAGAGAGAGGAUGUUAUCCAAGAUUCUUACUUUCGAAGUUGGAUGGUAUGACAAGGAACAGAAUUCCACUGCUGCAAUAUGCUCUAGACUUGCCGAUGAAGCCAGUGUGGUGAGGUCUUUGGUUGGGGAUAGGAUGUCAUUAUUCAUUCAGACAAUUGCGGGGAUGACCAUAGCUUGCAUGGUUGGCCUAGUAAUCGCGUGGAGAAUGUCAUUGGUUUUGUUCACGGUUCAACCUGUCAUCAUUCUCUGCCUCUAUUGCAAGCGGGUGUUAUUGAAAAGCAUGUCGGAAAAAUCCAUCAAGGCUCAAGAAGAAAGCAGCAAGUUAGCAGCUGAAGCAGUUACUAAUCUACGAACUGUAACUGCCUUCUCCUCCCAAGCCCGAAUUCUUCAAAUGCUAAAGGAAGCCCAAGAAGGCCCUCUACGUGAAAGUAUACGACAGUCAUGGUUCGCGGGAAUCGUACUUGGCACUACCAACAGUCUCCAGUCAUGUACAUGGGCUCUAUUUUUCUGGUAUGGUGGCUAUCUCAUGGCAGAAGGCAAUAUUGGAGCUCAAGCCCUAUUCCAAACCUUUGUGCUUUUAAGUAGCAAUGGGCUUGUCAUCGCGGAUUUAGGAACAAUGACUAAGGAUCUCGCCAGAGGUACGGAUGCUGUUAGCUCAGUCUUUGCAACAUUGGAUCGAUAUUCCUUAAUCGAGCCAGAGGAUUCAGAUGGUUACAAGCCAAGGAAAAUAACAGGCCAUAUCGAGAUGUGUGAGGUGGAUUUCGCGUACCCUGCCAGGCCUAGUGUGAUCAUCUUCAAGGGGUUCUCAAUAACAAUCGAUGCAGGAAAAUCAACAGCAUUGGUAGGACAAAGUGGUUCGGGGAAGUCCACGAUAAUUGGUUUAAUAGAAAGAUUCUACGACCCUUUAAGUGGUGUAAUAAAUAUAGAUGGACGUGACAUAAGAUCAUACCACUUGAAGUCAUUGAGGAAGCACAUAGCACUUGUAAGCCAAGAACCAACAUUAUUUUCUGGAACCAUAAGGGAAAACAUAGCAUAUGGAGUACUAGCAUCAGAAGAAGUGGAUGAAUCAGAGAUAAUUGAAGCCGCGAAGGCAGCAAAUGUCCAUAGUUUCGUCUCAGCAUUAAAAGACGGAUAUGACACAUGGUGUGGGGAUAGGGGACUGCAGUUAUCAGGAGGCCAAAAACAGAGAAUCGCAAUAGCUCGUGCAAUAUUAAAAAAUCCAGGGGUAUUAUUAUUAGACGAGGCAACGAGUGCAUUGGACAGUCAAUCGGAGAAAUUAGUACAAGAUGCACUUGAACGAGUGAUGGUUAGGCGGACGAGCGUGGUUGUGGCACAUAGGCUAUGUACUAUACAAAAUUGUGAUGCAAUUGUUGUGUUAGACAAAGGCAAAGUUGUGGAGAAGGGGACUCACUCUUCUUUGUUAGCUAAUAGGCCUUGUGGAGUUUACUACUCUCUGGUUAGAUCAGUUAAUCAUCAUCCUUAA